ACUGUAUCUGCUGUCUUCACAACUUUUAUAGAAAAAAAGUUUAUAUUGGCUAUCUUCCUCAAAAUGAUUUUCCGUGUGGCUGUUUUCACCAGCUGGCUAUUUGUAUUGUGUUUGGUAACAGCUGGAGCUACGGAAGAUGACAAAUUUUACAACUGCGAAGUCUACUCAAAUGAGGAAAACACCCCAAAGGAGAAUGCUUACUGUUUCCGAGACAUGAAUGAUGGCAAAUUUUAUUGUAAGAGCUGGACGUGCCAAUCUCCGCCAUGUUCCUCUGAUCUGCAACAGGAUCAAAAGGGCGAUCCCUGUCCCAUUUGUAAUGGUACAUGUACCGUCGAGGGACGAAUCAUCAAAGUCGGUGACGUAGUAAUCUGUGCUGACGGCAUCAACAAGUGUCGCUGUAUCGAUACCGGCGUGGUUAUCUCUACACGGAUGUUGACCAACAAAUAUUCCCUCUGUGGUGCCGAUAACAAUAACAGCUGAUCAUGAAUUUCAUACAGAACAUUUCUAAAUGAUCACAAGCUUGAAUAUUAUUAAAAUAUCAUAUGUAAUUUGAA